AUGACAUUGUUAUUAACGUUAUCGUAUUCAACUUACAUCGCGUGUGUUUUAUUUAUUAUUAUUAUCGUUUUAAUUAAAUAUUAUUUUAAUUUAAUCGAAAAUAAUAAUAAGAAAAAUUAUUAUCAUUAUUAUUUAAAAUCAUCUUUCAAACAACUUCCGGGACCUAAACGUUUACCAAUCAUCGGUAAUCUUCACCUUCUUCGCGGAUAUAAGGUACCUUAUCAAGCUUUCACGGAUCUAUCACUUAAAUAUGGUAAAAUCUAUCAUUUGCAAUUGGGAACCGUGUCUUCGGUUGUCGUUCACGGAUUGGACAACAUACGAGAAGUCCUAAUACAGAAGAGUAAUCAUUUCGAUUCGAGACCUAAUUUCGACAGACACGUUGAUACUCUCGUUAGAUUUUCAAAAUACGCUGCUAAUAAUAAUAAUAAUAAUAAUGAUAAUUGUACGGUAAUAACGAAACCGGUUAUUGAACCGCAAAAUCCGGUCAGCAUAAAAGAUUAUUUAUUACCGACGUGUUGUAAUAUUUUUCUCAGGUAUUUUUGUUCGGCAAACGAUUAUUUGAAAAAGACAAACGACAACAACAACCACAACGACAACCACGAAUACAUAUCGUUUGUUAAUGAUUUCGAUAAGAUUUUUUACGAAGUCAAUCAAGGUUACGCUUAUGAUUUUCUACCAUUUUUAAAAUUUUUCUAUUUUAAAAAAAUGAACAAAGUCAUUAAACAUUCGGAAAACAUACGAAAAUUUGUUUUGAAACAUUUAAUACGAGAUCGUUUGAACACGAACAUAAAUGGGGAAAAAACCCCAAAUGAUGAUAAUGAUGAUGAUGGUGAUGAUGGCGAUUUUUUGGAUUGCCUAUUGAAAAACGUUAGGAAAAGUGAAAACAAGAAGAAGAUGGAAGAUGGUGGUGAGGGUGGUGAUGGCGGUGAGGAUGGUAGCAUAGACAUGGAAACGGCUUUGUUUUCACUCGAAGACAUAAUCGGGGGUCAUUCGGCCGUUGGUAAUUUUCUAGUCAAACUAUUGACUUUUUUAGUUGAUAAUAAAACAGUUCAAGACAAUAUAAAAAAAGAAAUCGAUAGGAGAGAGAAAGACUUUAUUUCUCUUGACGAUAGACAAUAUAUGCCCUAUACGGAAUCCGUUAUUAUGGAAGGUUUAAGAAUGUUGUCGUCGCCGAUUGUUCCACACGUUUCAAAUCAAGACACGACGAUCGCAGGUUAUCACGUGAAAAAGGACACGUUGAUUUUUUUAAACAACUACGAAUUAAACAUGUCGGAAAAUCUUUGGUCCGAUCCGUACAAAUUCGAUCCGACGAGAUUCAUCAACGGGGAUACGGGAUUCAAAACGAAACCCCAACAUUUUUUACCCUUCGGCGGUGGGAAAAGAUCUUGCAUGGGCUACAAACUCGUUCAAUUCAUUUCUUUUGUCUUUUUGUCAAACGUCGUUAAUCAUUUUGAAAUUUUAUCCGUUCCCGGUGAAAAAUAUAAUGACGUCACGAUCGGAAAUUUAUCAUUGCCCACCCAAACUAAGUGA